AUGGAAGCGCGGCCGCGGCUGCUCUUAGUCGUCGUCGCGAUCUUCAUGUCAAUAUCUGCCAGCGGGGCGGCCGUCAUAAACGUCAAGAACUACGGGGCCCAAGGCAAUGGCGUCAAUGACGAUUCCAAGCCACUGAUGGCGGCGUGGAAGGCAGCGUGCGGAUCAGCUGGCGCGGUGACGAUGGUCGUGACGCCGGGGACGUACUACAUCGGUCCGGUGCAGUUCCAUGGCCCCUGCAAGGCCUCCACCUUGACCUUCCAGCUGCAGGGGACGCUGAAGGCCGCCACGGACCUGACCCGGUUCGGCAACGACUGGAUCGAGUUCGGGUGGGUGAACGGGCUCACCGUCGCAGGCGGCGUCAUUGACGGCCAGGGCGCCGCCUCGUGGCCCUUCAACAAGUGCCCCGUUCGCAAGGACUGCAAAGUCCUGCCCACCAGCGUUCUGUUCGUGAACAACCAGAACACAGUGGUGCGCGACGUGACGUCAGUGAAUCCCAAGUUCUUCCACAUCGCGCUGCUGUCGGUCAAGAACAUCCGGAUGAGCGGGCUCAAGAUCAGCGCGCCGUCCAACAGUCCCAACACGGAUGGCAUCCACAUCGAGCGCAGCAGCGGGAUACAAAUCAUGGACACGCACAUCAGCACAGGCGACGACUGCAUCUCCAUCGGUCAGGGCAACGACAACGUGGACAUUGCCCGCGUGCAGUGCGGCCCCGGCCACGGCAUGAGCGUCGGCAGCUUGGGUCGGUACGCCGGCGAGGGCGACGUCACACGGGUCCACGUCCGCGACAUGACCUUCACGGGCACCAUGAACGGCGUUCGCAUCAAGACAUGGGAGAACUCCCCUUCCAAAAGCCAUGCCGCGCACAUGGUUUUCGAGAACAUGGUCAUGAAGGACGUCCAGAACCCCAUUAUCAUCGACCAGAAGUACUGCCCUUACUACAACUGCGAGCACAAGUACAUGUCCGGGGUGACUAUCCAGGACAUUCAGUUCAAGAACAUCAAGGGCACGGCGACGACUCCGGUGGCGGUGUUACUCCGGUGCGGUGUGCCGUGCCAGGGUCUGGUGCUGCAGGACGUGGACCUUAGGUACAAGGGGCAGGGUGGUACAUCGACCAAGUGCGAGAAUGCCAAGGCCAAGUACGUUGGCUACCAGUUUCCGAAGCCUUGCCCCUAG